AUGAGUGCAGAAGCUGGGAAGAAGAGAGGCCGAGCCCCUGUCUCUGGGGACAAGAAAUCUAAGCGGAAGGUGAAGAGACGGGAGACCUACUCAGUCUAUAUCUAUAAAGUGCUGAAACAGGUUCACCCUGACACUGGCAUCUCCUCUAAGGCCAUGAGCAUCAUGAACUCCUUUGUGAAUGAUGUCUUUGAGCGCAUUGCCACAGAGGCCUCGCGCCUAGCACAAUACAACAAGCGCUCCACCAUCACCAGCCGCGAGGUGCAGACCGCCGUCCGCCUGCUGCUGCCGGGGGAGCUGGCCAAGCAUGCCGUGUCUGAGGGCACCAAAGCUGUCACCAAGUACACCAGCAGCAAGUGA